AGCUGCGCAGGUGGCCGCACAGCUGGAGCCACCCCGGUCACCUGCCGGGCGCCGUCGCCCUUGCGCUCCCGCUGCCCGGCCCGCGGCCCGCGGACUUUGCGGAGGGCGCCCGGCGUAGGCGGCGGCGGGUGUGGGCCGAGCGGUAUUUAUAGCUCGGUGACAGCAGCGGCGGCGGAGACACCGGCGGGCCGUCUCGCCGCGCUUCCCAGCGAGGCCGCGGGCGCGGCUGAGUCCCAUCCGGUCCCGGCGUGCAGGCGCCCCGAGCCCGCGCGGCCCCUUCGGUAAACGACGGAAUUCAAGUUUUGAAGGAUGGGUAAAGACUUCCGUUAUUAUUUCCAGCACCCCUGGUCUCGCCUGAUUGUGGCUUACUUGGUGAUCUUCUUUAACUUCUUAAUAUUUGCGGAGGACCCAGUUUCUCAUAGCCAAACAGAAGCCAAUGUUAUUGUUGUUGGGAACUGUUUUUCAUUUGUAACAAAUAAAUACCCCAAAGGAGUUAGCUGGAGGCUUCUGAAGGUGCUACUAUGGCUACUCGCCAUUCUCAUAGGACUAAUAGCUGGCAAAUUUCUCUUCCACCAGCGUUUGUUUGGUCAGUUGCUCCGGUUAAAAAUGUUUCGAGAGGAUCACGGGUCGUGGAUGACAAUGUUCUUCAGCACGAUUCUCUUUCUCUUCAUAUUUUCUCACAUAUACAACAUGAUUCUCCUCAUGGAUGGGAACAUGGGAGCAUAUAUCAUUACAGACUAUAUGGGCAUCCGGAAUGAGAGUUUCAUGAAGGUAGCUGCUGUGGGGACCUGGAUGGGGGACUUUGUCACAGCUUGGAUGGUCACUGAUAUGAUGCUUCAGGACAAACCCUAUCCUGAUUGGGGGAAAUCCGCAAGAGCUUUCUGGAAGAAAGGAAAUGUUAGGAUCAUUUUAUUCUGGACGGUUCUGUUCACUCUGACUUCUGUGGUUGUACUCGUCAUUACAACUGACUGGAUCAGCUGGGACAAGUUGAAUCGGGGAUUUUUGCCUAGUGAUGAAGUUUCCAGAGCUUUCCUGGCUUCUUUCAUCUUGGUCUUUGACCUCCUGAUUGUCAUGCAGGACUGGGAAUUCCCACAUUUCAUGGGAGACGUUGAUGUAAAUCUCCCUGGCUUGCAUACGCCUCACAUGCAGUUCCAGAUUCCUUUCUUCCAGAAGAUCUUUAAGGAAGAAUAUCGCAUUCACAUAACAGGUAAAUGGUUUAACUAUGGGAUUAUCUUUCUCGUCUUGAUUUUGGAUCUUAAUAUGUGGAAGAACCAGAUAUUUUAUCAGCCUCAUGAAUAUGGACAGUAUAUCGGCCCAGGGCAGAAGAUAUAUACAGUUAAAGACUCAGAAAGUUUAAAGGAUUUGAACAGAACCAAGCUAUCCUGGGAAUGGAGGUCCAAUCAUACUAAUCCUCAAACGAAUAAGACGUAUGUUGAAGGAGACAUGUUCCUCCACAGCAGGUUCACAGGGGCUAGCCUUGAUGUCAAGUGUAUGGCUUUUGUUCCAAGUUUGAUAGCUUUUGUAUGGUUUGGAUUCUUCAUUUGGUUCUUUGGACGCUUUUUGAAAAAUGAGCCAGGCAUGGAGAAUCAAGAUAAAACUUACACUCGCAUGAAACGAAAAUCCCCAUCAGAACAUAGCAAAGACAUGGGAAUCACUCGAGAAAACACCCAGGCCUCAGUGGAAGACCCUUUGAAUGACCCUUCUUUGGUCUGCAUCAGGUCCGACCUCAAUGAGAUUGUCUUCAAGUCUUCCCACCUAACGUCGGAAAACUUGAGCUCGCAUUUGAAUGAGCCUGCCAGCGUGACAGAAGCUGACCCUGAUCCAACGACUUCUAAAAGUACACCCACGAACUAGAUUCACUUACUUGGAUACAGCAAAAAAAAAAAAAAGCAACCCUGAGUGUACCUUUCAAUAAUUUAGUCUUUCUUUUUGUAAAUGUAAGGUCUGCUUAAUGUUAGGUAGAGAAAUACAAACAAUGCCACAACGGUGCUCAACAUGCUUUUUCUAGGACUCAUUGUUUUCUAUUUGUAUGAUGAUACACGUGCCUACUAUAUAUCCAACAACCCUCUAGAGAUUGCUUUUCACAAUUGCACAAGCUAUUUACUGACUUUACGGCGUAGUAGAAAAUUAGCUGAUUACCUGUGUAUCUGAUGUUCAACCAUAGUGGUGCCUUGAGACAUUAAACUGUUUUUAAUUGUACCAGAAAUGAAGUGUGGAAGAGUUCUCUAAUCUAUGUCUUAUGGUGUUUUUUAUUUAGUUAUAUACAAUUAUUUUGAUCUAUACUUGAUGUCUGAGCAGAAAAGAGAGGUAGCCUAACUGUGGCUCAGGAAAUAUCUCUUGGUUUCUUAUUCAGCAGUGGGGUUGGUGACUUCCAUAGCUGGGCUACAGAGAUGCGUGGUGAUUACCUUUGAAUUUUUAUUGGCCAUCCACCAAAUGCAAGCACAGAGGCUAAAUUCCAUAACAGAAGAACGGUAAUCCAGCAUGGGUCACUACUUGUGAAAUGUGACUUUCCCCAACCAGUAAUUGCAAUUAGAUGAUAAUACUUAAUUAUGUUUUCCUAAUUAAAGAUAAAUUGCUACUUGAUUAAAAAUGCUGCCCUUCACCUUCGGGAACAAAGGUUAAGAGGCACAGUUGGAUGAACUCUCAGAUUUAUUGGCAUUUACACAGAGCCCUAGAAAACCAAGGAACUGAAGUUUUAAUCAUGUGAGGGUUGCACAGCCUACCAUCUACAGUAUUUGUACAUCUUUCUGUAAAUAUGGCUCUGGACAGUGAAAAUUGAAAAUCAAUAUAUGCCAACCCUGAGCAAGGGAACUACUCUGAAAGUCAUGCAAGGGAAUCUCGUGAGGUAGAAAAGACCAUGCAUGAAAAGAUAUGUUUAAUGGCUUGUUUUGUGUGCAUUUUUUUAUUUAAGAAUUAAACAUUUCAUAUUAAUUAAGAAAAUUCUA